GACUUCACCAAAUUGCAACUAAAAGACCAUCUCACGUCACCAAAAGAGCUAAGCCUAAAAAGGUAGAAGAUGAAACAGUACGUCGAAGAUCUAUGCGCUUACAAAGAGUAGAGCCGUCAGGAAUUCCAAUGCCAGAGAUGCCUGCCCAGCCAGGAGCAGAGGAAUAUCCUCAAGUUCCGGCCGGACCUUUGCCAAUGGUACCCGAAGAUCAGAUGGGGGACAGUAAAUUGACAGAGGACUUACUGACUACGUGGAUGAGGAUAAGUGAGAUGAAAGCUAACGAUACCGAAAAGCGCACACGUGACAUGAAAAGAUACCAAGACAGCCUGAACAGCAUGGUCCUCAGUGAAGAUAACGUUAAAAAGGUUGUGAAAUAUCGAGUGAGUUCUAUGGCUAUCCAUCCUUCUGAAAGCAUCAUCUUUGUGGCAGCUGGAGACAAGUCCGGGCAGAUCGGUCUGUGGAAUGUGAACUCUAAGUCUGAAGAAGGAGCACAUGUCUUUAUUCCACACAAUUACCUGGUCAGCUGCAUGCAUUUUUCUCCAUUUAAUCCUGCUCACUUGCUGUCUCUAAGCAAUGAAACUCUGCGAUGUGGUGAUGUUACUAGAGCUGUCUUUGAUGAGAUAUGCAGAAGUGAAGAAAGCUUAUCUUCCUUUGACUUUUUGGAAGAUAAUGCCUCCACUGCAAUAGUGGGACACUGGGAUGGCGACGUCGCUGUUGUGGACAGACGGACGCCAGGAACGUCUUCAGAGCUUUCUGCAGACAUUGGCUUCAAAAGAACAAGGACAGUCCAUGUUCACCCAGUGAAUAAACAGUAUUUCAUUGCUGCUGGCUCAGUGGAUGUUUGUAUUUAUGAUGUUCGAUACCUGAAGUCUAAUGGGAACAAGCCCGUGAGCUCUCUCAAAGGACACACAAAAAGUGUUGCUUCUGCAUAUUUCUCACCUGUAACUGGGAACAGAGUGGUGACGGUGUGUGCUGAUGAUAAGCUGAGGGUCUAUGACACCACCUCUUUGUCAUCGACAGUCUCCGUUCUCAGUACCGUCAGACAUAACAAUAACACGGGACGCUGGUUAACUAGGUUCAGAGCAAUAUGGGACCCUAAACAGGAGGACUGCUUCGUGGUGGGCAGCAUGGCACGACCAAGACAAAUAGAAGUCUUCCAAGAUACUGGAAAAUUGUUGCACUCUUUUUAUAACCUUGACUGCCUUGGUUCCGUGUGUUCCAUUAACGUGGUUCAUCCCAGUAAGAACAUCUUAGUGGGUGGCAACUCCAGUGGCCGCCUUCAUGUGUUCAAAGAAUAAAAAAAGUGGCUCAGAUACUUUUUUUUUUUCCCCUCCCCUUUUUGCAUUAAAUUUGUUUAAUCCAUAUUAAGCUGUUCCUAAGCUAACUGUA